AUGGGUACAUAUUGGAAUUCUAAAGAUUCUCAUACUCAGAGCGCUAACGAACAAUCAAUUGAGAUGAAGCUUACCGUCGAUGACUUAAUGGCACUAAAAGAAGCCUUUUCAGUGCCUGGAAAGGGCUAUAAUGGUCUUUUGGCACUGAACAAGGAGCAAUUUAUUGAGGCACUCACAAUAAUCCUAAAUCGUGGCUCGCGACAAGAGUAUGAUGAAUUAUUUGACAAAAUUGAUGUAUCAGCGGAGGGUGUUGUUGAUUGGGACAAAAUAGCAGCACACUUUAUAGUUGACUGCCAUGAAAGGGAUGAAAGGAGCAACUCCAUAUCAAUACCACAGUGGAAGGAACUAAAAACACUUCAUAGUCCGCAUAAAGAUAACAUUCAGAAAAUCACUAGGCUGAAUAACUUCGAGCGGUAUUUAAGUAUAAGCAAGGAGGGAUUGGUUGUUAUGUAUGGUUUGGAUAUGCAUCCUCAAAAGUCGAACAAAAUUUCCACUGAUUUAUGUAAGCAGCGUGAUCUGUGGGUGUCCGAUGCUGUUACUAUGCCCAAUAUAAAUAAGAUGGCUUUUUUACUUUCCAGCAGGGAAAUUUUAUUCUCAACUCUUAAUUUAAAAUUGGAGUUGCAAACGACUAUAAAACUUGUUGAUUUACCGUCGAUUCCUGUCUGUGCUGACUACUGGUACAAUUCAGAAAAUCAUAAUGAGGCUUUUCUGCUUUGGGGAGAUACCGAUGGAUAUGUAACCAUUAUAUUUUGGCGAUUCGCUCAAACUAUCCUUUUUGAACGUCCUCCCAAUCUACCUCAAGAUAAGGAAGAGUCUACAAUUGUUGUUCACUAUUUGACUGUUUCAAAGAGCUCAGAAGCUGCGAUCAUUAGACGGUUUAAGAUACACAAUGAUUGGGUGCGUCAAGUGCGAUACAUCCCACAGCUGGAUUGUCUUAUAAGCUGUGCAACUCAGUGGAAUAGUGCACUAGCCAUUUCUUGGUUGGAAAGAUUAGCUCCUGGCCCAGAUGGAACAAUGGAAGAGAGUUUUGUCCGAACCCUUACCCAUGUGUCUAGAUUCUACAUCCACCAAGGUAUCAAUGGAUUUGACUACCACAGCGAUUUAUCUCUAAUUGCAACGGCGGGAAUAAACUAUCAUAUCAACUUGUGGAAUCCUUACGUUACUUCGAAACCCAGCGGGUUACUGCGAGGUCAUUCAGCUCCUGUUGUGGCUGUUCAAUUUCAAACAAAACGACAACGACUUUUAAGUUUUUCUAAGGAUAACGUCCUUCGUGUUUGGGACACCCAGCUGCAAGUCUGCAUACAAAAGUUGGCGGGAAUUUAUCCCAAAAGCCUCGAUGUCUAUUACAAGACUUACUUUCACGAGGAAAAAGGCAGACUAUUUAUUGCUUACAAUGCAACGCUGGGAGUGCUGCAAAUGAAGCCAGAAAUUACCGACCGUAUCUUUACGCAUAACGACCCAGUUGUUGGUGUUAUUGUUACGGUUGGUCAAGGAGGUAGAAUGUCCUACUGGUUGGUGGAAAGCGGGCAACGCGUUAAAAAUCUUAGCCAGUGUCAUGGCAACGCUGAAAUAACGUGUCUUUCGCAGGAUGCAACUUAUACCCGACUAUACACUGGCAGUACUAACGGCACUGUCAAGGUCUGGGACAUGAAUGGAAGCUGUCUGCACACACUGGUGUGUCCACAUAAUACCUUCUUAGACGUCGCCCAAGUGGUGAUUCUUAAAAGAGCAGUGAUCGUGAUGGGCGGUUCGAAGCACUUUAUCAUCUUCAGAUCAACCAAUUUUGGUGAUCACUACGUCUUCCCCUCAGAGUGGAAGAGCCCUCCUCAACACAAAGAUGAUGUUAUGGCAGGAUGCCCUCUACCUCCGCAUAGCCUUAUAACAGGCUCCUACGAUGGUGAGUUGAUUGUCUGGAACACCAAUUCCGAACUCUUCUCCCGACGCAUGAAUCAGCGAUGCAGUCCGAACUCAGAGACGUAUUCAGAGAUGUUGUACAACAUAUCCCGUGUGGUUCUACUGACUGCUCGAACAACAAUCAAAUCGGGGAGCAGCAAAGGAGCAAACGUUGUAUCCUGUGGAGGAAGUGGCUACGUUCGCUUUUGGAAUGCCUACGAGUGCAUUCUUGUCGGCGAGUUCGCGGCUCAUCCCAAAGUAAGCAGUAUUGUCAUGGCCGUUGACCCAUCAAAUGGGAUGCUAGCGACAGCUGAUGUAGAGGGAAAUGUGAAGGUGUGGAACAUUGCCACGUACUGUCUGGUUGAGGGUGAAGAGAAAUGCAUGUAUGAACCCCCAUUACUUUCAAAGUGGAAAGCUCAUCUCGACUUGAUCACCGAUCUGGUGUUUUGUGUACGACCGGAGAAACGCGCUGUUCUCACCACCGCUAGUUCCGACUGCUCUGUUUGCCUCUGGAGUAUUGACGGUCAACGUCUAGGGAUCUUUGGUCAGGCAGAGCGAUGGAAACUCGACCUCUACCAGAGGGACAUGACAACUGGAUCUGUCUUCAGUCAGGAGACAAAAUCCCAAUUCUCAGUCGAAAAAGAAAGCGAAGAAGACUCCAAAAAGAAUUUUAAUGAACCCGAUGAUUUUGAUCCGUUUGCUAGUCUCCCAGGAAGGAAUUUCAACUUCGGAAUCAAGGACGUCUUAGGCGAUGGAAAGAUUACAUCAGAAAGUGAUCUCACUCGUAUUCGGAACAAUCUGACUGUUUGGGAUAAGACCUGCCUUGGCGAGGAGUACCGAAAAAUACGACUGGAGAAACCAAUGCGUCAACAGCCACGAAUUCUAGUCGAGAUGCCCUUCCUCUAUGCCGACAAACUGGGACGACCGAAUUACGGACCCUACUACUCGGUGGGAAUUAGACCACUGAUGAAACAGAAGGGCUUGCAGAUGCCGGAUUUUAUGAUCAAUCCAGUGAAGUAUUUUGCAAACAGGGAAGACUAUACCGGCACCAGUGCUCUUUACUCACACAGCAAACUGCCCUUGGUUGAAAAAUACGUAUACAAUCAAUUGAAUGCCAACUCUUCUGUUGCUCCGAAGAAGAUUUUCACCGGAAAAGACCUAUUCCCUAAGUACCUUCUGGAAUUUGAUGAGCAACUUCAUCAGGUCAAUCAAUAUGUCACUAGAGAUAGAGUCUCUUUGAGUGAGCACAAAGUGGAGAAGGAGUCAAUGGAAGGGAACAGCGCUUGGCGGUGGACCGCUGCAAAACGAAAUUCCCUACAGAAGAUUCCGGAGAAUGCUUAA